AGCUAUAGAAAUAAAAAGAUGCCACAACUUCAAAAACCCGCACCCGAAUUCUCCGGUACCGCCGUGGUCAAUGGCGCCUUCAAGGAGAUCAAGCUGAGCGACUAUAAGGGCAAAUAUUUGGUGCUCUUCUUUUAUCCACUCGACUUCACCUUCGUCUGCCCCACCGAGAUCAUUGCAUUCUCCGACCAUGCGGCUGAGUUCCGCAAGAUCAAUUGCGAACUGAUUGGCUGCUCCACGGACAGCCAGUUCACCCAUUUGGCCUGGAUCAACACACCACGUAAACAGGGUGGUCUAGGCAACAUGGACAUUCCACUGUUGGCCGAUAAGUCGAUGAAGGUGUCUCGUGACUAUGGUGUUUUGGAUGAGGCAACUGGCAUUCCAUUCCGCGGCCUCUUCAUCAUUGACGAUCAGCAAAAUCUGCGCCAGAUAACGAUCAACGAUUUACCAGUUGGCCGUAGCGUGGAGGAGACACUGCGUCUAGUGCAGGCCUUCCAGUACACUGACAAGUAUGGCGAGGUGUGCCCAGCCAACUGGAAGCCCGGCCAGAAGACCAUGGUGGCCGAUCCCACCAAGUCCAAGGAAUACUUUGCCACCACACCCUAAGCUAACCAUAUAUGUAUGUAUAUAUAUAUUCGCCCAAUUUGAUGCGUUGCGAUAUUCUUCCAUUAGAUGGAAGGGAGAAAGAGAGAAUACGAAGUGGAAAUCAAACUGCGUCGCACUUGCAUCAAAUGGAGAGGCUGCUCACAUACACA